GUGCCGAUACAGGGAUAAGGAUUUCAGCGAAGUAUGGCAGCCGUGUGAGAUGGAAUUGCGUCAGUAGAAAACCGAGAGAGCGAGAUGCAGAUAUUGUGGCAGGUGUACUCGAUGCUGAUACUACACGCCGUGAAGGAGAGCUCGGCCUGUUCGGUGUUCUGUGCAUGCAAGUGGAAAAAUGGGAAACAAACAGUCGAGUGCGGCAACAAGAACCUGGGCGAGAUCCCGGACGGCAUGGACCCCGAGACGCAGGUCCUGGAGUUCUCAGGGAAUAAAUUAAACAAACUUUCCAAGGAGCUUUUCCUCAAAAAGCAGUUGAUCAACUUGCAGCGCGUUUAUAUAUCAAGCUGUAGAAUUAAAACCGUGCACAGGGAUACGUUCAAGGGGUUAACGAAUUUAGUGGAGUUGGAUUUGUCGGAUAAUUUACUGGAGACCAUUCCAUCUGGCGCCUUCAUGAAUUGUCCCUCUCUCAUGAAGUUAACUUUGAACUUGAACCCCAUAAAUUCGUUAAAAAAGUUCGCCUUCAACCAUUUAUCAUAUUUAAAUACUCUGGAGCUUAGCAACUGCCAGAUCGCCGACGUGGAGGAGGGGGCCUUCCAGGGGCUGCACAGCCUGGAGUGGCUACACUUGGACGGCAACCGGCUGAGGACGAUACGCGGACGUCGCACGCUUCCCGAGAGCGUAAAAGGUGUGGAGCUCCAGAAAAACGCCUGGGAAUGCGACUGUCACAUCCAAGAUCUUUCCGCUUGGCUCAGGGAUUUUAACAUUCCCCUCUCGGAGGACCCGGCGUGCCAGGGCCCCCCUCGCUUGGCGGGCCGCGCCAUCAAAUCGAUACCGAUCGCAGAGCUGGCCUGUCUUCCGGACAUAUCGCCUACGUCCUUCUAUCUGGAGUUGGGGGAGGGCAAGAACGUGUCGCUGUCGUGUCACGUGCACGCCGUGCCUGAGGCGACGGUCUCCUGGUGGUUCCAAGGGCAGAUGCUGCAGAACAACACGAUGGUGGCGCCGGGCGUCCACUUACUUUACUUCGUCGAGGAGGGCGCCGAGAAUAAGCGCAGCGAACUGUUCAUUUAUAACACCAAUGCGGACGACAACGGUACGUUCAUUUGCAACGCCGUCAACGCUGCGGGAACGUCGCAAUCGAACUUCACGAUCAAAAUAAUCCUGAAGGAGGACCCUAUUGUAAUUAUCGUCUCAUUUCCUUUGGAAUACUUCUUGUUCGCCGUGAUCGGGAUCUGCGUCGUAGGGAUCCUCGCGCUGAUAGUCAUUACGGUAUUGAUUGUUAAAUGUCACAGAAAAAAUAGGAGGCAGCAGAAGCGGGAGCACACCAAAGAAGUGGCAAUGCAAUUUCAGCAAAAUGCAAAUAAGCCCGGAGAGAACGUUGAAUGCCUGCCGGAUCCACUAAAGAUAAACACCCCAUCAGCUAAUUGUGAAGAGGAUAUGAUGGGGUACGGCGUGCACCCCUGCGAAGAGAUGCUGAGCGCCGUGUCUCCGGUCAGGACCGCUAAUCAGGCCAGGAGUCCCGCGUCGCUCAGGCGUUAUCAGCUGGAGCAGAACCCCGACCUCAUUAACGGCACCGAGAGCAUCGGCUGCAGGCGCGAAGGCGACGGCGAGGACGAGCGGAAUCAGGAAGCCUUCCAGGGCGAGCAUGUCGGCUCGGUGAUGGCGGGGCCCUUCCCCAUCGCCUGUCUGAGAGGCAGCGCCGAGUUCUACAGCGAUAUUAGAUGCAUCGUCGACCCCGAUGGCUACCCCAUAGAUUACGGACUACCUAAAAUACCCUGUCGGACACAAUGCAGCGACAGCUAUUACAGGACGCUGCCUACAAAUCGAAUGAAACGGCACUCCGCUGCAAAUCCAUUAAAGCGAUAUUCCAGAGAGGCAGAGUUCCUCUCCAGGAGCGUCGACUCGCCGUACGACUACCAGACGGAUGUCCGAUACACUGCGGACGGGUAUCCCGCGGCCCCGGCAUCGCUGCCUUGCUGCUCCGUGCAGUGGCCCACGUGCGUACCCGCAAAUCUGCACAUAAUAAACUCAGGCCUGCCUCCAGGCGUCAACUACGCCCAGCCGAAAUGUGUAACUAAAAGGUGUGUAGGUGCGCAGACAGACACGGAAAGUGAUACCGAGAACCCCGAAACUCUAACGGCCGAUAAGAGUGAGUCCGGGGUGCAUGUGGAGGACGACGCCGCUAAUGAGAUGUUGACUGAGAGCCCCGAUGAGGGCUACGAGGGGGAGCCGUCCGUGGUGUAGUUCGGAGUGAUGAGAUCGAAUUCGCGCGCUGCCAUCUUUCAACUUUCCUCAUCCUAACGUGAUUUCUUACAUUUCAAACAACAGGGUAAAUUAGUUUUACGUAUAUUUGGGAGUUAAGUUUUAUAUCCGAGUUCAGUGUUAGGUGGUUCGGUAUAGGAACGUUGUGUGCGUACGGCGUAGAGGCGGUAGCGGAUCGUGUAGGCGUAUUUGUUAUCUUUGUACAACCCACUUUGAGUAUAUUUAUCACUAGGGAAUCGUUAGA